CCUCGACCCGCCUUGGUCUCUUCUUGCCUUCUUACACCACAUCCAUUCGACUCGACAGCCACGACGACUUGAUAGAGAAACGGAUCCCUGCAGAGCGCAGCGCCCCCGAAUCGAUCCCCCUGGCGAGGCAAGGAGAUAGAUAGAUCAGCAUAGCAUAUACGCAGGAGAUCUCGACCUCAUCCUUCGCCGCGUCAAUCCUCUCACCUUUUACCUAUCAACUCACUGCGCUCAUUUUGUCGUCAUGUCACCCAACAUCGUACCCAAUGUCAUCCGCCCUACGUCCCCCUCUGGCGCCUGUCCCUUCGCCCUCCUCCCCCACGAGCUAAUGGCCCAAGUAUUCCUGCACCUCGACCCGCACACCCUCUACACCGCUGUGCGUCAGCUCAACCACCAAUGGAAGAUUACGGUAGAAGAACACGUCAUUCCUACUCUCUUCAGGACGAGACAGUGGCGCGUUGCGCUGCGCAUUCACAAGAGGCCAAGGAGAGUACAUCCGAAUAGCGUCCAAGGGGCCCAGGCCGCUGCCAUUGCUCAGCAGGCAAGCCGAGAUGGGGGCGAAAGUGACAAGGCAAGAGUACAGAGGGUGCUCAAUACCGAAGGAGCGUGGGAAGAUGAGCUUGCACCACCCAUACCUUCAGAAGAGGGCAACAACAUCACCGCCGAAACAAUCACCGAGUACCUACCCCUCACUCUAACAUCCCUCUCCCCUUCGACGAACACCUUCCACUUUACCACCUCACCCAACUGGUAUGCCCUCUACGAACUAGGCGUCGAGCCUCCUGGCAUCGACCCAAACUCAACCGCAGGCGACGUAUCGUUUCGACUCGACCUCAACUUCGGCCUCGCCUGGCGCUUCGAAGGCGAUGGCAAGGAGGAACAUCCGCAAAGGCCCGGCGGGUGGACCAGCCUCGAUAAGGAGAAUAGAUGGUUGAGCGAAUUCUGGUGCUCGACCUACGACUUAACGCCGCUACCACUCAGGAGGAGGAGUCACGAGGGAGGAGAGGGGGAGACGGUCAGACUCAAUGCUACCAAGUUGGCAAGGAGGAAGAGGGUGCCUGUAGAGGUACCUGCCAAGAAGGGUGAGAAGUCAAAGACCAACGGCAGCAGCAACAAGUUCACCUCGACUGAACUGGCAUGGGAUGACUCGCACAUCGAGUACCUACACCUCGACAUAGCGCUGGGGACGGAGUUUUUCGUGCGACGAUCGGCCCGCGCUAACCUGCUCAUGCGAGCGCUUGAGGCUGAGGCAGCACGGAGAGAGGAGGAGGACGAGCAACAGGCCGAAAGGGAGAGGGAGGCGGCAAAUGGUCUGAUGGCCGCACGCGGUGCAGGAAAGGUAUCAGCCUCACCUCAGCCGCCAACAGGACCAACAGGAGCGUGGGGCAAGCCCUUGCUGCAGAAGCCCAAAGCUACUAGGGCGGGAGGUGCACUCAGCCCGACACCAGCGCGAGCUACGGGUACAGGCACACCACCACGUCCAAAAUCAUCUGCCUCGUCCCACGGCAAAGCCAACAGCCCUCCCUCAGCUCUUAGUGCAUCAAACACGAGUGGCACGACCUCGCCGACGCCAUCCAAGUCGCACCCCGACCUCGCCCUGCUGAGCAAUUCCGCGGCCUCCUCAUACCUGUCCGGCCUUUCUCCUGCAGAGCAGCUUCAGCUAAUGGCGAAGAACAAAGCUGCAGCCAAGGUCGCGGGAAGGAGAGCCGCAUCUGGCUCAAGCACGGGCGGUUCCAGGGCAGGCAGUCGUGCUCCGAGCAGGGCAGGGAGCAGGGCAGCUUCUGCUGCUCCGAGCAGAGCAGGCUCAAGACCUCCUUCCAGGCCUGGGACACCGUCGGGCUCUGCACCUGCACUCUCAUUGUCGUCAAGCGGAGCGGCCUCUCCUUCUCUUGUGCCAGGUGGAACCUCGGCCCAUGCAUCAGGCCACUCCACGCCGCGGGACCGUGAUCUACCCUUCGCUCGCGCCCUAGCUUUAUCACAAAGCACCGCUUCUCCGUACACUGCUCGAGCUCUGAGCGGCUACGCGACGCCCAAUCCUGCCGCAGCUUCUGCACUCAACCCUUCCUCAGCGCUUCACCCGGCGCAGCUUACGGCUCGCCUCGGAGGGAGUGGAUACGCGCGCGGCGUAAGCUCAGAAAGAGGCAGUGGUGCUUCCACGCCAACGAAGGGCGAGGGAAACAGCUUUGCUCUCAGGGGCGGUGGAGGAGCACAACCCGGUGGAACGCCUUUUGCUCAGUUCAAAGGAAGACUGAGGUUGGGCGGCAAUGGGUUUGAAAGGCUGGGCGCCGAGCUGACUCGAAAGAGAACGAGCAAGAAAGAAAGCGAUGGCACGGGUAGGAGGAGAAGGGAGAGGAGCGAGACUAUGACUGCCGAAAGAUGGAACGCUUCGGCGGCAGGCGACGGCGUUGCUGCUCUGAGCUUGGGCAGCGAGUCAGAGGACGCCGCCUCCUCGUCCGACGAAGAGGUCCCGGCCGCCAACGGCCAUCCUCCCGAGGAAAAGGGUCUCGAUGGCAUAGCAGCGUCAGGCGAGCUCGGCUGGACGCGCGCUCCUGUGCCUUACGAAGGAGAGGGAAUGAUGCGCACCUGGCGUGAGGCCAAGCUCCUUGGCGCGGCGAAUGCGAACGGGCCGAAGAGACGAAGCUCGCUGCGUGCUGGAGCUGAGGAGCAGGAGAGUAGUGAUGAUGACGAGGGCGAGGUGAAAGGGGCGGUGGAGACGCAGUGGAUCUGGAGUCGAUGAUGUGCAGAUGUGCAUUGUUGUAGAAGAAGCACGGCUUGCUGAUGUUCUAGUUGACGGAGUGCUUCAUCUCCUCUUCUGUGCUCUCCAUCAAAUGCAGCCAACCUUUUACAUCUCGUUCUCCGCCUCAAUAUCUCACCCUAGCACUAUAAUACAUGACCCCAUCCUUUUCAUCCUUC